UUGGAAGCUGCCCCGAUCAAAAACACCACCAGCCUCGCUUGUUGGCAAUCAGUUUUGACUGGAACACAAGCAUGCUUGCAGACUGCAGCUUGGGCCCGAGAAAUACGGCCGCCAAAGUGGCCUAUGAUCGCAGAGCAGAGCAGAGCUUCGUUCGACUUUCACCGACCUGACGGUUUGUAGCUCACGGCAAACAUCAUAAGCUGGGACAGCGCCAUGGCGGAAGUGUGUGAACAAACCCGGAUUGAGGCUGUGUUGGCACAGCAGCGCAGCUUCAUGGAUACCUGGGGUGCACAGCUGGAGCAAAUGUUGCAGAUGUGUGUCCUGCUGGUGCCCGUCCAGGAAGAGGAUGAUGACAAAGCGGGAUUUUGGAGCCAGGUGGUCUACUCCGCCAGCGAUCUUUUUAACUUGUACCGCACAGUGGUCCUUCGCAGUCCCGAAGAGAUUCCGGUCUGUGAGGCAGCUCAUCGAGGCGUCCUGGCCAAGCCUUCCAAGGAGCUUCGGCGCGCGCGUCUCAGCUACAUGCUGGCGGCCUUCGCCUUGCGCGCCAUCCGCUCCGUCCAGGUCUUGGUGGAGAUGGAUGCCUUUCGGCGCCAGGGCGCCAAGUAUGCGCUGCACGUUUGUACGCGGAUCGAAGUGGUGAAGCUGGUGCUCAAGAUUUUCCUGCGUUUUCGCAUGCCUUUCAACUUCUAUGUUGACGAGGUGGCCAUCGAAGACGCUGAGCCGCCCAAGCUUCUGGAGCAACAACGAAAUGCCCUUCUUGGGCAGUCGCAGAACGGGAAUGCGGAGGCGCCUAGUGAGGCUGCGCCCAGCCCCGCUGCAGAUCAGCCCUUUGUCGGAAGGCGUACAGGACGCUCAUUGAAAGCGCUGGAGGGCAAGGCUCCUACCAGCGAUGCGCCCAAGGCCCCGCGGCCACCACCGCCACGUGUAGCAGAUGGUCUUCGGCGUGAUUGCACGCCACACACCUCGCAGAUUGCAGUGGCAGAGGUCUUGUACCAUAGCCGCCCCCUCAUCCAUUUGGCCAUGAUUCGAAGCCGCGGACGGAAGUCCUGGGCUGCCUGGGUCGUGGCCCUGCUGUUGGAGCGUUUAUCAACCGGCCUCUUGGCCAUGGAGCUUCGGAGUCUGCCCAACAGCCGCGCCAGCCUUCUGGAAGCUGCAGAGGUCAGCCGACGGCAAAACCAGAUGUGGUGGGCUUUAGUGAGGUCACCCGUUUUUGAUCGGCUUUUGAAACGUCCUUGCGAGACCUUGGACUGGGUCCUCAAGAAGAUUCCGGUCAUCAAUUUGUUCAACAUCGUGGAACUGUUUCUCGUGCUUCAGCCGUUCUACUUCUCGACAUCAGGCUCCUGAAAUUGGCGCUGAAGUAAGUUUCCAACAAUGAAAA